UGUACGGCAUGUAGGUUGUUUGUGUGUGUGAAAAAAAAAACGAUUGAAUGAAUCGGCUGCUGACCUUUCGUAACUGUCAAAUGCGGAAAUUGGUUAAUUCCACCGUAAAUACGUUUUUCUACAGAAUUUUUUAAUAUUAAGAUUAAUAAGUGACUAAACCACCGUAGCUGUGAACAACUGUGAUAUAAGUAAUACGAAUAAAGUGCUGUUAUGUAUAGAGUUUAAAUUAUUGUUAGUGUGAAAGCCUUUUGGGCGUAUUGUUAUUUUUCUACUUUAGUAAGAGUUAACUACGGAACCCUAAAAAUGGAAAAUAACAAGGAAUAUCACGAUCCGGAUUACCCGGAGGCCUCGGUGCGGGUGAAAGUGGAGGCUAAUAGCUUGACAGAGGAGGAAAAAGAAGAGAAAAUAAGGAGCAUAAUUCAGAGGGAGUUUAAGAACGAAAUCGAUGUUCGUGAGAACGAAGUAAUGCUGGCGGAUCAGCGCAUGGCCACAGCACGCAGGAUGCUGCACCGGCUGCGCUGUGUGCUGGUCUCGCGGUACUACCGGGACAAGAAACUGCAACUGCCUGAAGAACCUGAGUCAUCAUCAGCACUACACAGCGGACAGCAUCGUCUUCACCCUUCCGUGAGGAAGCUUCUCGGUAAAACCACGGCUGAUAUGGAAGAGAUAUUCAGACCACUGGCCACUAGGAAUAAGAGAAAGGAUUACUCUGCAAUGUUACAAGCCCGCAACUACACGAUCCCCGCCGACGACUCGCGCUCGCUGCGGCCCGACGAGCCGCGCGAGGAGCCCGAGCCCGACGCCAGGCCCACCAAGGUGCCGCGCCACAUCGAACCGAGACCCGAGAACGUGCUAACUUUAGACGAGGUCACUAGGAACAAGAUGAAACACCGCUAUAGGAUCAUUAUUGGAAAUACAUCAAAAUACGCCCCAGCGGCGUCCACCAUGGACCGAUCCACCCACAAAUGGUUGCUCUACGUCCGCGGUCCCACGGGCCAUGACGCGUCCAAGCUGCUACGCGCUGUGGUCGUGACGCUGCAUCAUUCGUACGCGCCGCACCACAUAGUGCACAUAGACAAGCCCCCGUACCACAUCUCGCGGCGCGGCUGGGGCGAGUUCCCGGCGCGCGUCGAGCUGCACUUCCGGCUGCCCGAGCGCAACCGCCCCGCCAGCGUCGACCACACCAUCAAACUGGACAGGCACUACACCGGGCUGCAGACCCUGGCGUGUGACUGGCGCGUCCAGCUGCACUUCCGGCUGCCCGAGCGCAACCGCCCCGCCAGCGUCGACCACACCAUCAAACUGGACAGGCACUACACCGGGCUGCAGACCCUGGCGUGUGACUGGCGCGUCCAGCUGCACUUCCGGCUGCCCGAGCGCAACCGCCCCGCCAGCGUCGACCACACCAUCAAACUGGACAGGCACUACACCGGGCUGCAGACCCUGGCGUGUGACUGGCGCGUCCAGCUGCACUUCCGGCUGCCCGAGCGCAACCGCCCCGCCAGCGUCGACCACACCAUCAAACUGGACAGGCACUACACCGGGCUGCAGACCCUGGCGUGGGACUGGCGCGUCCAGCUGCACUUCCGGCUGCCCGAGCGCAACCGCCCCGCCAGCGUCGACCACACCAUCAAACUGGACAGGCACUACACCGGGCUGCAGACCCUGGCGUGUGACUGGCGCGUCCAGCUGCACUUCCGGCUGCCCGAGCGCAACCACCCCGCCAGCGUCGACCACACCAUCAAACUGGACAGGCACUACACCGGGCUGCAGACCCUGGCGUGUGACUGGCGCGUCCAGCUGCACUUCCGGCUGCCCGAGCGCAACCGCCCCGCCAGCGUCGACCACACCAUCAAACUGGACAGGCACUACACCGGGCUGCAGACCCUGGCGUGGGACUGGCGCGUCCAGCUGCACUUCCGGCUGCCCGAGCGCAACCGCCCCGCCAGCGUCGACCACACCAUCAAACUGGACAGGCACUACACCGGGCUGCAGACCCUGGCGUGUGACUGGCGCGUCCAGCUGCACUUCCGGCUGCCCGAGCGCAACCGCCCCGCCAGCGUCGACCACACCAUCAAACUGGACAGGCACUACACCGGGCUGCAGACCCUGGCGUGUGACUGGCGCGUCCAGCUGCACUUCCGGCUGCCCGAGCGCAACCGCCCCGCCAGCGUCGACCACACCAUCAAACUGGACAGGCACUACACCGGGCUGCAGACCCUGGCGUGGGACUGGCGCGUCCAGCUGCACUUCCGGCUGCCCGAGCGCAACCGCCCCGCCAGCGUCGACCACACCAUCAAACUGGACAGGCACUACACCGGGCUGCAGACCCUGGCGUGUGACUGGCGCGUCCAGCUGCACUUCCGGCUGCCCGAGCGCAACCGCCCCGCCAGCGUCGACCACACCAUCAAACUGGACAGGCACUACACCGGGCUGCAGACCCUGGCGUGGGACUGGCGCGUCCAGCUGCACUUCCGGCUGCCCGAGCGCAACCGCCCCGCCAGCGUCGACCACACCAUCAAACUGGACAGGCACUACACCGGGCUGCAGACCCUGGCGUGUGACUGGCGCGUCCAGCUGCACUUCCGGCUGCCCGAGCGCAACCGCCCCGCCAGCGUCGACCACACCAUCAAACUGGACAGGCACUACACCGGGCUGCAGACCCUGGCGUGUGACUGGCGCGUCCAGCUGCACUUCCGGCUGCCCGAGCGCAACCGCCCCGCCAGCGUCGACCACACCAUCAAACUGGACAGGCACUACACCGGGCUGCAGACCCUGGCGUGUGACUGGCGCGUCCAGCUGCACUUCCGGCUGCCCGAGCGCAACCGCCCCGCCAGCGUCGACCACACCAUCAAACUGGACAGGCACUACACCGGGCUGCAGACCCUGGCGUGUGACUGGCGCGUCCAGCUGCACUUCCGGCUGCCCGAGCGCAACCGCCCCGCCAGCGUCGACCACACCAUCAAACUGGACAGGCACUACACCGGGCUGCAGACCCUGGCGUGUGACUGGCGCGUCCAGCUGCACUUCCGGCUGCCCGAGCGCAACCGCCCCGCCAGCGUCGACCACACCAUCAAACUGGACAGGCACUACACCGGGCUGCAGACCCUGGCGUGUGACUGGCGCGUCCAGCUGCACUUCCGGCUGCCCGAGCGCAACCGCCCCGCCAGCGUCGACCACACCAUCAAACUGGACAGGCACUACACCGGGCUGCAGACCCUGGCGUGUGACUGGCGCGUCCAGCUGCACUUCCGGCUGCCCGAGCGCAACCGCCCCGCCAGCGUCGACCACACCAUCAAACUGGACAGGCACUACACCGGGCUGCAGACCCUGGCGUGUGACUGGCGCGUCCAGCUGCACUUCCGGCUGCCCGAGCGCAACCGCCCCGCCAGCGUCGACCACACCAUCAAACUGGACAGGCACUACACCGGGCUGCAGACCCUGGCGUGUGACUGGCGCGUCCAGCUGCACUUCCGGCUGCCCGAGCGCAACCGCCCCGCCAGCGUCGACCACACCAUCAAACUGGACAGGCACUACACCGGGCUGCAGACCCUGGCGUGUGACUGGCGCGUCCAGCUGCACUUCCGGCUGCCCGAGCGCAACCGCCCCGCCAGCGUCGACCACACCAUCAAACUGGACAGGCACUACACCGGGCUGCAGACCCUGGCGUGUGACUGGCGCGUCCAGCUGCACUUCCGGCUGCCCGAGCGCAACCGCCCCGCCAGCGUCGACCACACCAUCAAACUGGACAGGCACUACACCGGGCUGCAGACCCUGGCGUGUGACUGGCGCGUCCAGCUGCACUUCCGGCUGCCCGAGCGCAACCGCCCCGCCAGCGUCGACCACACCAUCAAACUGGACAGGCACUACACCGGGCUGCAGACCCUGGCGUGGGACUGGCGCGUCCAGCUGCACUUCCGGCUGCCCGAGCGCAACCGCCCCGCCAGCGUCGACCACACCAUCAAACUGGACAGGCACUACACCGGGCUGCAGACCCUGGGUGCAGAGACGCUCGUGGACGUGUGGCUGUACAGCACGCCGGACAUGCUGCAGUGCGCGGCGCGCGAGGAGCCCGCGCCGCCGCACAAGCUGGAGCCCGCGGAGCCCGAGCCAGAGGCCCCGGCACCGGACAGCUGGCUGGACUUCUUCACGGAGAACACUAAACUGGAUGUCGAUGAGAUGAUCAUCAAGCCGGAGAAGAAGCAGGACAACCAUAUAGAAAACGACCUGGACUUAGACAACCACAUAGACCAACACCUGGACCUCGAACCAAAGGACAUUAAACCAGACAUAUUCGAACUCGAAAACACCAUCAAAAUGGAAGACGACAAAAUCGACUGGUCGCUCGACAAAACUAUAGAAAACCCUUCGGAAACCAUACCCAACGAAAUACUGAACCAACCCGCGUCACCCAAGAAAAGAAUCAUGAAAUAUCUAGACCCGAAAACAGGAAAAAUAUAUUAUCUAGAAAUGGAUAGAAACUUAGAUUUAAGCAAAGUGCAAGAAAUAGUAAUCAACUCUAAAGGAAAUAUGAAAACAGCGAAAUUAAGUCCCGUAAAGCAGAAUGGAGUGAAAAAAGUAAAAAAAGGUGUUUCUUUAUUGAAGCCGGAAGUUAAAAACUUGAUAAAUAAUAAGGAAAAGCUAAAGAAGAACUUUACACAUAUACAAAACGAUCAUUGCUACUUAGGAGCGACGUGGGCGAAGAGUAUAACAUUUAGUGCUGCGGAGAAAGAAGUGUUAGUGAAAAAAGAAAGUAAUCUGUACGAUAGUUUGUGUGCGUGUGUGAGUAGGUUUACGUGUGUGCGUGUGGCGGUGAAUUAUUUGCUGCGCAAAGUGCCCAUAGUGACGGAGCUGGCUAGAGACCCGGACUUUAGGAAGUGCUUCCCGUUCGCAGUGGACAGCGAUGAGAGGUUUUGGAAGAUGGAUUUUGCUAAGAGGAGAAAUAAAGAGUGGUCGAGGGCAAAACUAAUCAACACAAUCCUCACCGAACACUUCCGCACCACCGAACCGAUCUGGCGCACCAAGCAGAUCCUCAUCUUCUCCCGUCUCCACUGCUACCAGCCGGUCCGGAAAGACAGCUUCUCCACGGAUUACUGGGACAGCACGGAGAUCACUACAGACCCAGCCACUAUAAGUGUGUUUAACCCGGAGGACUUCAAUAAAAGCUUGACGGACACUGUGGAUGUUUCGGACAAUGAAGAUGUUGAGGUCGUAGGAGAAGUGCCAUCUCGUGUGGAAGUGAAAAAAGAGGAACCAUCAGGCCUCGCCGUGCUGCCGGUGGAGAAGGAAGAGGACAGGCUGCGGUUCCUGUUCCUGGAGCGGACGUGCGCGGACAUCGGCGUGGAGCUGAGGAACGAAGACGUCGGGAACGGGUACUCCUAUAGCGCGGUGCACGCGGUCCUGCUGUCGGCGCUGCGGAACUUCGCAGAGGAACUAGUCCGGAGCUCGCACGCCGCCGCGCUGCUGCAGGCCAGCGCGGCGCCGGAGGACCAGGGGCCCGCUGUCUGGACCGGCUGGGCGGCGGGCGCGGCGCUGCCGGCGCGCUGCGUGGCGCGCGGCGCGGCGCGCUCGAGACUGGCCGCUGUGACCAACAGGGACUGCGGCGCGCUCAGGAAACACACCCUGGAGCAAUUAUAAUGCUUAUUUAUACUAUAUUGGCUCUUUUAUUUACAUACACCUCUUCCUCGCGUUGUCCCGGCUCAUGGGAGCCUGGGGUCCGCUUGACAACUAAUCCCGAGAUUUAGAUAGAUAGAUAGAUAGAUAAAACUUUAUUCGUUUCCACAACAUACAUGGUAGAUAGGUAUAGACAAUAAGAAGAACAUGCAGAUUUGAGCGAUUUGGCGGAGGCACUAGUUUUUACGAAAGCGACUGCCACCUGACCUUCCGAGGAUAAACUAGGCCUCGUUGGGAUUAGUCCGGUUUCCUCACGAUGUUUUCCUUCACCGAAAAGCGACUGGUAGAUAUCAAAUGAUAUUUCGUACAUAAGUUCCGAAAAACUGAUAAUUACGAGCCGGGAUUUGAACC